UCCUGGAAUCAAAGGAAUCAAGCCUGGCCCAACAAUGUAUGAAACUUUUUUGGCAGGUGUUGCUUCCAGACUUCCAGAAUCGGAAAACAUUGAUGAGUUCUGGGAGAACUUAAUUCUGGGAAAAGAUUUGAUAAGAGGUACAAGAUGGCCACGAGAACUUCAUGGCACACCUCCAAGAGUGGGAUUGAUAAAGAAUAUUGACAAGUUUGAUGCAGAAUAUUUCAAUUUUGAGGAAAAUGAGGUUCAUCACAUGAAUCCCAUGUUGCGACACCUUUAUGAAGUCUGUUCUGAAUGUGUGGUGGAUUCUGGCCUUAGUCUGUCGGUGCUACAGAAUAACACCACAGGAAUUUAUCUAGCCUGCUUUCUCCCUGACAGUGAUGCUCUGGAAACAUCGAGAGAAGCCAUCUCAAAAUUAUGCACAACAGUACCUAUGAUGGCUGGUCAUCUGAUGGAAUACUUUGGCUUCAGUGGUCCUAUGAUGACUGUGGACACAGGAUGUAGCUCUAGUUUGUCUGCUCUUGAAAUGGCUGUCAGUGAUCUUAAUGCUGGAAAAUGUCAGUUUGCCAUGGUUACAGGUGCCAACCUUUUGCUCAAUCCAAGUUAUUUUCAACAAAUGAUGCAACUGGGCAUGCUCAAUCCCUCUGGUCACAGCAAUGUGUUUGAUGCUAAGGCUGGAGGAUAUGUCAGAGCUGAGGGGGUGGUGGCUGUUUUACUCACAAGGAAUGUUACCAUUUGCAAACGUGUGUAUCUGAGUAUAAGUGACAUCCUCACCAACUGUGAUGGCUUCAAAUCAGAAGGAAUCACCUUCCCAAAUAGUCAGUCUCAGGCAAAAUUGAUGUCUACAAUUUACAGCAGAGAUGACAUUGAUGUUAAUGAUAUAGCAUAUGUAGAAGCUCACAGCACUGGUACUAAGGCUGGGGAUCCUGUGGAAGCAAAUGGCAUUGUCCAAGCCCUCUGUGAAGGCAGACACAAGCCUUUGCUGGUCGGAUCAGUCAAAGCUAGUAUGGGGCACAGCGAGGCCACUGCAGGAUUAGCAAGUUUGGUGAAAUGCAUCAUGAUAGCAAGGCAUGGAACAAUUCCACCCCAGAUAAAUUAUGAUUCACAAAACCCUAAAAUAGAUGGAAUUACACAAGGAAAGAUCAAAGUAGUAGACCAGGCAAUGCCUUUAGCAGAUGGAUACAUAAGUUUGAAUUCAUUUGGAUAUGGAGGCGCUAAUGGGCAUGCCGUGUUAAAGCCUUUUAGAAAACAGCAUACUAUUAACAAAGAUGUAUCACAUAGCCUAGUAACCAUCCAUACAAGAAAUGAAAGAGAAAUGGAGUCUGUUGUGGACUUUGUUAGGAAGAAUAGGAAGAAUGUAUCUUCACUGGCUCUUCUGUCCAAUUCCUGGUUGUCAAGUGACCCAAGAAGACCCAUCAGAGGAUACAUAAUUGCAGAACAUCACAAUAAUGGUGUUAGCCAUAAGGUGUCUAAACACAUCUCUUUGGUUCCAUCUAUAUGGCUGUUGUUGAGAGACGUAGCAUUUGAGAAGUUGGCCCUGUCCUCAAUUCUCAUAGAAAAUCCUAUUUUCAGGAGAUCAAUUCAAACUUCCCAGAAGAUUCUGAAUAAAAUGGAUGAAACAUUUCAACUGACACAAAUGCUGACUAUAGGACCAGCAGCUUGUCAAAUUAAUGAGAGAAUAGUUCUUGCCAUUUCUUCAUUAAUAGGUUUAGUGGACACCAUUACAGAGGCAAAUGUCCCAGUUCAGGGUGUAGUGGGAUGUGGUCUGUCAGAAAUUGUGGCAGGAUAUAAAGAUGGCUGCCUUAACAGGGAACAGUGUGUUCGAUUGGCUUACUUGAUAGGAGAGCAAAUUGAGAAAUGUUCAAAAACAGAUCUCCAUGGAAGAUAUUCUGUAUAUAAAACCACUUUGAAUCCAGAAGACAUCUACUGCCUUGGACCAUUCACCAGGGUGCUCUCAGUGAUUGCCCAGGAUAUAUUUGUCAUCGCAGUGGACAACAAAUACAAAGAUGAGGUUUUAAGAACCAUUCAUGAAAAAGGUGGUUAUUAUUUGGAAUUAAAAGACAGACUCCCUCUGUAUAGUGAAUGGAUGGACGGUUUGAUUGAUGGUAUAGAAGAACAAGCUCAAGAAAUUAUAAACAGUCCUAAAUGCAGGUCAAAGAAUAUGGUCAGUCUGUCCCAGGACUAUGCCUAUGGUUGCCAGUCCAAUGUUAAGAGUUUGUUUGACUGGGAUUAUCUGAGAAGAGUUCUGAUCACCCCUGUCACAGUCACAAGUUUGAUGGCCACACUGCCAGUGGACACUAGUUUAGUGGACAUCAACUUUUCCAGGCUCACUGAUCCCAAAAGACUAGAGAAACAUUUUGUGUUUGACCCUAUUCCAUGCAAUGGAGACCUGAAAUCUGUUCUGAAGAUGCUGGGAGAGAUACACCUCUUAGGUCAUGAUGUAUCAGCACAGUGUUUAUAUGAUGUGUCCUUCCCACUGGAUGCCUCUGCUCCUUCCCUAAGUCCAUUGGUAAAGUGGAACCACAGUGAAUCAUGGCUGAUACCUGAAUGGCCAGAAUUUUAUUGCAGGGUUAAGGAUGAUGUGGAGGUGCCAUACACCAUUAGCGAUCUGGAGACAGAAGGAAUCCACUCCAAACAGGGUGUGCUGUUGUACCAUGCCUUGAUUGCUAUCAAUGAAAAGCACAACAAGACUCAUGAACUGACCAGUGGUAUGGAGUUGCUAAACAUGGUGUGGACUGUGGAUGAGAUUGAUCAAGAAGACAUUGACAGCACUGACUCUAUACAUGUACAGACUGGCAAGAAAUCAUUUGUGGUAGAAAAAGGAGAAAUUGUACUACUCUCUGGAGAGUAUAGGAUAUAUGAACCAGAAGAAAAGGUCAUUUUGCCUAAAAUUCCUGGAUAUGAUCUCGAUGUCAAUGAAAAUCUAAAGGGAGGUGAUGAAGACAGAGUUUUUAUGCAAAAGACUGAAAUAACAUGGGAGGAUAGCUGGCUGGAUUUUUUGGACACACUUUUGGAGUUCUCCAUGCAGUGGCUUGAAGGACCAUUGUUCAGAAUGUGGGUGGAUCCUUCCUCUCAUAUGAAGAAGAUCAAAGACUGUGCUAAUUUGUUGGCAGUGUUAGAAGGAAGUACAGGACUUUGCAAGGCAGGUGAUCUGGUUUUACACACUAAGGGCAGUCAGUUGAAGAAUAAGGACAAAGAGAAAGCGGUCAAUUUAAGUGGAAUAGAAAGUUCAAAAGUUAGUCUGUUGAUGCUGUACACCAUUGAAUCAGUUGCUGCUGGUAGCCAUAGAGUGUUGAUGUAUCAGGGGGAAAAUGCAAAGGAACAAGUCAAUGGAAUUAUCUCAAUCACAGAUAGGGAGAUAGUGGGACAGGAGUUUCCCCUCAGUAUGGGCUGGACCCCAGAAGAUCUAGAACAGCUAAUUCCAUAUAUACUGGCAGUCCAUCUUCUGCUUGACGUAGCCAGAAUCAAAGAAAACCAAACACUGCUUAUAAUGCCCCCUAUUGAUACCUUGUGUAUAUACUUGAUGGCAAUAGCAAAUGAGCUGGAGGUCAGUAUAUUUACAUCCAGUUUUGAUGCAGAGAUUCGCAAUGUCAUCAGCAAUCUGUUCCCCUACGUUAGGGUUGUGGCUGGAGAAAGGUUAGAACAAAAUAUCAAGACCCUAACACAAGGAGAAGGCUGUGAUGUCGUCAUCAAGUUCACUAGUGCAGAUUUCCAGUCGGCAAUUAAUCUGACAUCAGCCAAUGGUAAGUUGAUCUGCUGUACACUGCCCAGCCCCCGGGAGGAGGUCGUUCUCACCAAGGACUGCUCCCUCAUCGUCCCUGACCUCUCCAAGGCUGUUAACAGCUAUAUACAGAAAAGUCCUCAGGAAAUCCAGCUAUAUCUCUACAACAUGCAAAAUGGUUCUGUUGCAGAGAUGUCUAGAGAGGGCUUUCCAGAGGUCCAAGGACUGAAAUAUGUCUUGGCUGAUCGUUCAAAUUUCACGUGCCCUGUGGAGCUGACUCAAGUUCUGUCAAUCAUUGAGGACCCCAUUGUGAAUCUGAGUAACCAGGGUAUAGCGGAGAUGAUGGAAGCUGAUGCUAUUGCAAUGCAUAGGUUACAGACUGCAAUUACAACAAAACCCAAAGACUUUUUACUUCUUGCAAAUGAUAGCUCAGACAAGGAGAACCAGUUUGACAGCUUUAAUCCGCUGAAUAUCGCACAGGUACCUACACCUACACCAUCUUCAGCUGAGGCACGUGAUGAAAUCAAACUAAUUUAUCUGCCAGAGGUGGAUCUCCAGGACUAUGAUGAAGUGUUUCACAUGGCAGCAGAUGAGAGAAUUAUUCCUCCCCUGCGAACACCCAUCAUCACUAUCACAGAUGAGACUGACACAGGGUCAAAAGUCAUAACCUCUACUCCUAUGCAUGGAUUGGCUGCUGAUCAGAGAGAAAAUCCUGGCUUGGCAAAGAUGUUUCCUACUCCCAAAGAACCCAAAGGGAGAAUGGCUCAGUUAACUAUUCCCAGGUUAACAAUUCCUUCUGCAAUCUCCAGCUUCAAGAAAGGUGCCAAAAUGAGCCUCAUAGUGUAUCCGACACCAACACCUCUCACCUUUACCCCGGCUCUUAAAACACUACUGACACCACAAACAAGUGAACCUACCAUUGUGCCUCUUAAUGAUGAGAAAAAGCAGCCAGCAUUGUUUUGCAUUCAUCCUAUCACUGGUAAGCUAAAACUGCUGAAAACCUUAGGGAGUUUACUUCAGUACCAAUGUUAUGGGAUACAAAGAACACAUAUUACUCCACAAGAUUCUAUUCCAAGUGUGGCUAGCUAUUACAAGAAUGCAGUGCAGAUGUACCAAGAGAAUGACCCUUACUUUCUGGUUGGAUAUUCAUUUGGUUCGUUCAUCGCAAUUGAAAUGGCAAUUCAGUUUCAGGAACAAGGGUCAAAAAUAGGAUGUUUGAUUCUCCUUGAUGGAGGUCCAUCUUACUUUCACAAUCAGUUCAGCCAUGGAAUUCAGGCAGCUUCAAAAGAAGAGGAUAUGGACUAUUUGGAGUGUGGGGCUCUCAUCAACUUUCUGCAGAUGUAUGCAGCUGUUCCAAGUUCAAAACUAAUUCUGCAGAUCCUUCUCUCCUUGAAGACUUUGUCAGAGCGCAUUGAUCUGAUCUUGGAUAUGACUUUUGGACGUGUAGUUGUCAGUCCAAAUCCAGCAAAAUCAAGAUGGCUGAUUGCCAAAGAAAAACUGAAAAUGAAGGGCCUUAUGACUCCUACUCGGAUGUAUGGCUUCAGUGAUGCAGCAGAAGAACUGGUUCGUUUGAAACGAAAGGAAGCUGCCAAGGAUUUUGUAACCAGUGUUAAGAUUGGGUACAAAUACCGCAGUACAGGACAAAAAUUCAAAGGAGAUAUCCAUCUAUUGCGUAUUAAGUCGGAUCUCCCGCUCCCCAACCCCAUUCCAAUGGAUUAUGGGCUGAAAGACUGGUGCACUGGAAAUGUUAACGUGCGGUUUUACAAUGGAACACAUGAGUCGUUUCUUAAUGAUGUUGAUGGAAAGGCCGUGGCAAAGGAUAUCAUGGAGAUUGUAACAGGCUGUUAGGGCUGAAACUGCAAAAAUCAGAGGUGCAGUCCUCCUUAAAAAUUGCUGAAGUUUGAACUAGCUUCAAAGAAUCUUCAAAGUUGUGGAUUCUUACAAUACUUUUGUGAACACUGGAAAAAAAUGAAGCUUAAGUUUAAUUAUGUACUAAUUAAGAAGCAUAUAAUUAUGUAUGUAAUAUUUCUACUUUAUGCACUGGUGAAAAAGAAUAUUCUACAAUAUGUACAUAAAAAUAUGUAAAUAUCAUUAAUAUUUAUUAAAUGCUAGCUGAUUGUACAUCAUUGUGUGAAGACUACUAGGUAUGUUAGUGUAUGAAAAUCAUUGGAUGUUGAUGCUUUUUUUGUUUUUUUGAAAGUUGCUUGUGUCCUAAAGUAUUUCAUUUAGUAUUGGAAAAAAUGACAGUUUAAUGUCAAUAGCAUAUACACAGAACCGAAAACUGAAAUAUGGCAUCAAAUGUAUUGUUUCAGAAUAAAUUGUCAUUUGCAUGUGGAAUAAAA